AAGUUGUGACAGGCCGAUGAACGAAUGGUGCAGAGGCAGGACGAAAAGAAGAGAGCCAAUGAUGGAGAGAAGCCCGUGCAUUUCAGCUGAGACAUGAAGAGCUGCAAGGAGUGGCGGAGGGAGCAAACGAGUGCACAAGCGACGUCUGAAAGUGCGUGAGCGAGCUGAGGAGGAAAACAGGUCGAGGAGUGAACGCGGAGGAGGGAGUGAGUGGAAGACAGAGCAAUAGGUGAAGCACCACAGACAGGAGAGUGCAUCGGUUGACUUGCGUCCUCUAAAAGACUGAGCCAGACACAGAAAUCAUGGCCAACAUCACUGCCAUUAUACACCCAAGUAAUCUCCCAUGGCACCCCGAGGCGGUCCCUCUCUCCCGUGUCUCCUUGCAGGUCCAGGAGGUCUACCCUUUCCAUGAUGGAUGGAAUGUGGCCUGCUUCAUCAUCCUUCUGCUCUUCAUCCUCACUGUGGUGUCUCUGGCUGCCUUGGCUGUGCUCUAUGAGCUACUGGACUGUGGGUGCUGUGCCAAAGGGAAGACACAUCACCAGCUACAGGAGGAGGGGCCAGGAAGCUGCGGCAAGCUCAUGUCCAGCAUUUGCAAAGAGCCGGAAUCCUGCACUGAGGUGGUAUAGGGGCAGCAAGGAUGAAGAUAAGGAAGCGUAGGAAUUUGGGUUUCAGUUUUGAACUGGGCAAUACCCCAGCGUAGACCCCGAUGCCCUGAGAAAAGAACUUCUAAAAGUACCCAAUAGUGGUUAAACUGCUCACAGUUAAGAGGAUGUGGAGGGAAGAGACAAGAUAAGGUGACAGAGCAAUGUAAAAAACAGAAGAGGAGUGAGUCUAAUUAUCUUUUCAUUUCAGUUAGGAGGGGAUCUUCACACAUCUACAUUUACUACCACUUAACACACAGGGUGGACCCUGGAAGCCACAUUUUACACCAGAAACACUACCAGAAGAAAGACAGAGCACCCGAAUAGUCUACUAAUAAUAGUGCUAAAAAUAGUGUUAAUAUGUGACCAUGUUAACAUAAAAACACUUGAAAAACCCUAUAUCAGUUGGUUUAAAACUGUGAAUACUGCACGUAACCGUGAGGCUGUAAAUGCAAAUGCCCUUCUAUAAGAUGUGGUAAAAUGUUGUAUACAGACAGAAAAUGAUGUCCA